UAAAAGUAUAUAACACGACGUAUGUUUUGGAGUAUGAACAUUAAGCUUUAAAGUAUCCAUUAUCCAUGUACCAGGUACAUAAUUAAUAUUAAAUAAUAUUAUUAAAACUUGAAUUGAAAUAAUUGAUUAAAAGUCACGGGUAACUAAUUAAUUUAAACGUAAAUUUAUAGUUUGUGUAUAACUUUAAUAGUAAAAUGAGUUUUCAUAGUAAAAUUGUAUUGAUUACCGGUGCUAGUUCAGGAAUCGGUGCAGCAACUGCAAUACACUUUUCCAAAUUGGGAGCAAAACUAGCACUUACUGGACGCAAUCUUGUCAACCUACAGAAUGUAGCCGAUCAAUGUGAAAAAAGCUGUUCACUAAAACCAUUUGUGGUUACUGGUGAUCUAACAAAUGAAGAUGAUACUAAAAAAAUUUUGGAUUCCACUAUUUCUCAUUAUAACCAACUGGAUGUUUUGGUGAAUAAUGCAGGUAUUUUAGAAAACGGAUCUAUUGAGUCUACAUCCCUUGAUCAGUUUGAUCGGGUAAUGAAUGCUAAUGUUCGAUCCAUCUAUCAUCUAACCAUGUUGGCUGUUCCGCAUUUAGUUAAGACUAAAGGUAACAUAGUUAAUGUAUCUAGUGUAAACGGAACCAGAUCUUUUCCUAAUGUACUAGCAUACUGUAUCUCAAAAGCAGCAGUGGAUCAAUUUACAAGAUGUGUAGCAUUGGAACUGGCUCCAAAAGGAGUUCGUGUGAACAGUGUUAACCCAGGAGUUGUAGUUACAACACUUUUAACAAGACAAGGAAUGAGUGAAGAAGACUAUUCAACAUUUUUAGAUAAAACCAAGUUCACGCAUGCGUUAGGAAGACCAGGCACCGUCGAAGAAGUUGCCAAAGCAAUUUCAUUUUUAGCUAGUAAUGAUGCUAGUUUUACGACUGGCGAUUCAGUUUUGGUUGAUGGAGGAAGACACGCUAUGUGCCCAAGAUAAAACAUUUACUCAUGUUAUUUAAUGAAAAAUCAUUUUUCAUUUGUUUGUAUAUUGUACGAAUAGAUUAAAUAUAGUAAAAAAUAGAUUUUUUUGUAAUAAAGCUAAUUGGUCUAAAUUAAUUCAUAA